AUGCAAUCUAAAUCGGAAAAUCAACCAUCCUGGCCCUCCAUCCUCACCACCGCAAAACACACCCCGCGCACCUCCACACCGAAACCCGAUCUCCCCUCCCACGAGCAACAAUCCCUCAUCGACUCCCUGCGGUCUCUCCCCCUCACAAACCCUUUCUCAGACUCAGACUCAGACUCAGACGCAGAUCAAUCGCAAUCGCAAUCGCAACUGGGACUAAAAGCCGCCAUCGCCGAUAUUCUAUCCGACUACGAGGACGAGGACGAGGACGAAUCCUCCUCAACCUCAACACCAACCGAAAAAGAAGAAUGGGAAAACCUCCACGCCUUCCUAGCAUUCAUCACCAAAGAGCGCAUCGUGCGGUUAGAAGAUGUAGGGAUUCAUACCUUGAGGGUCGCGCUGGAGAGGGGUGAGCACCACCACUAUCAUCACUAUCAGCAGGGUACUACUGGUGUUGGUGUGCCCCCCGGGACGGGGAAACGGAAGAAGAUGGCGGUGUUUGUCUCCUGUGCGGCCAUCUGGGCGUUGAUCAUGGGUGAGGAAUUGUGGGAAAGGAGGCGCGCAACCGAGGAAUCCCCCGUGGGAUUAUCGCUGUCCCCUUCGCCGCGCGGGUCUGGUGCUGCCGGGCCCGCCGCGGCCACGGUCUCCAAGAGCCGCUGGCAGAUGUGGAUCGAUCGGUUCCAGUUUCUCAGUCUGGCCGAAGAUCUGGACAUCAAGACUAGGGAAUUGGCUGCCGAGGCCGCUGCCGUGAUGCGUCGGGUGACUUAA